AUGGCCAUGCUGCCGCGGCGCCCCCGCCUUGUAGCGCUGGUGCAGCUCGCCGUGGCGCUCUGGCUGGCGGCCACGAGCGGCUACCACUGCCGGCACGUCCUGGCGCCGCCCUCCGGCGGCCUUCUGCCAACGCCGUCGUUCCCUCCGCCGCCACCGGACAAACUUCCUCGUGAGUCAAGCAUCUUCUCCUACUCCGCGCCGCCCUUUCAUCCCUACGUUCUGUCGUCCGCCGCCGUCGCCGUCAUUCCCUCCACCGCCACCGCCGAACAACCCUCCUCCUCCUACUCCGCGCCACCCUUUCCCUCCGUUCUGUCGUUUUCGUCCGUUCUGUCGUCCGCCGCCGUCGCCGUCGGGGUCGCCGUCAUUCCCUCCACCGCCACCGCCGAACAACCCUCCCCCUCCUACUCCGCGCCACCCUUUCCCUCCGUUCUGUCGUUUCCGUCCGUUCUGUCGUCCGCCGCCGUCGCCGUCGGGGUCGCCGUCAUUCCCUCCACCGCCACCGCCGUACAACCCUCCUCCUCCUACUCCGCGCCACCCUUUCCCUCCGUUCUGUCGUUUUCGUCCGUUCUGUCGUCCGCCGCCGUCGCCGUCGGGGUCGCCGUCAUUCCCUCCACCGCCACCGCCGAACAACCCUCCCCCUCCUACUCCGCGCCACCCUUUCCCUCCGUUCUAUCGUUUCCGUCCGUUCUGUCGUCCGCCGCAGCCGCUGCCGCGCCGCCCGCCGCCGUUCUGCUCGCCUGA